CAAUAUUGUUCCUAAAAAAACAAAGAAGCGAUAAAAGCCCCCUGUAUAAAUUCGACAUAGUACAUUUAUUCUUCGGAAUCAGUUGAAACAUGCGAUAUUUUACAGUUAUAAUUUUGAACCUCGCCAUACUCCAGCCGAUGUUCAUUGGCUUAACUAUUGCAGGUAGUUCCGUUUGCGAAAAUGUACCUUGUGAACAGUACUGUCCAUAUGGAAAUCUUCAUGAGGAGGGCUGUAGGACGUGUACCUGCAAUGAUCCGUGUAAAUUCGAGGAGUGUCCUCCUGGCGAGGAAUGCAAGGUGGAAUCGAUGAUGUGUAUCUGGCAACCUUGCGGAUAUAUGGGAAAGUGUGUUCCUGCCUGCCCUGUGCACGACUGUCGCUCCAACUGUCCCUAUGGCUUUGCAGUUAAUGAAAAGGGCUGCGAAACGUGCCAAUGUAGGGAUCACUGUAAAAACAUGAUUUGCGCACCAGGGGAAAUUUGCACUGUUGAAUAUGUCACUAAUUUCGCUGCAGGUGGAGUGCGCACUAAAUGUACUAAGAAGUGCAAUGACUUACCAUGCCAUGCAAACACAGUUUGCGAAUAUGGCUUCGAAAGGGACUGUGAUGGUUGUCCGACUUGCGCUUGCAAAAAUCCUUGUGAGGGUGUCACCUGCCCCAAAGGAAGCUACUGCUUCGUUGAAAACGUUCAGUGCGUAACCGAUCCAUGUCCAUCUCCAUCUGCGUCAUGUCAAUCAUAUUGUCCUCCAAACAGUUGGCCACUAAUCGGAUUGUACGAUUAUGCGGUACAAUGCACCGCCGGUGCAUGGAACUGCCCGAUAGGAUACGAUUGCAUCCACGUCCCUAAUCUGAGUGAAUCUUACUGCUGCACUACUCCUCAUAAUCAUUAAUUAGGUUUUUUUUAUCUGGCCUGUUUGGUUGAUACAGAGUAAAAAAAGCGUAGUUGUUAGGUUUAGUACUGAAUCAUUAAAGUCUAAUCUCAGACAAUGCCACCAAUUAAAAAGCUCAUUGCUGGGA